UGUGAGAAUGACAGAUCAUUGUGACAAUAUUUUAAAGUACUGCAGUACAACUUACGGCUUCCCUGUUUUACUUACUCACAGUCAUGACAACGAUAUUUGUUCGUGACUUCCCCUCCCCUUGUGAUUUUUACUGUUUAGUCCCUAAGCUUAAGUACUACUUUUAUUUUGAUAUUUAUCAAGAUAGAUAAUAUAUUUAUCAAGAUGAAUAAGCUCAUUGAAUUCACUCGAAAGUCAUUGAUAUCUUUUUAACGUAUAGUGAUGAAGUCUUACAUCCAUUAGCCCUUAUAGACGAUACCUUUCUGUUAUCAACAAACCUAGUAUUGAAGUCAUAUGUGCACUGAUGGAUACGAAGCAAUAGUACAACUUUGAGGUCAGCAUAUCUUUAAUAGGCAUAGCUGUAGGGGCUUGUUCCAUUGCUGUGGGUAAUGUGCAAUGAUGUGUACUUGAUUAAUAUGACUUUUGGAAUACAUCCAAGACUUUUCUGUAGGACUGCCUCACUCUUAAGCUUUCCCACUCUACUGAGAACACUUCGUGCCGGUCUAGUUAGGUCAUCGAGUGGCCGUCAAUCACGUGAAGCACGCGUGUAAAAUAACAACAGACCCACCAAAUGUACCUGAAAGUGUCAGAAUGCCCUUAGGUUGAACAUUCUUACGCACGUAGGUGUGGCUCCGUGGAGCAAAGUUCGCCGUGAUAGUAAAAUCAUAAAGAUCGCACUGUCCUUAGUUAAACCUACUGUCAUUCAGCUUAACUCGAAUGAGGGUGAAAAUAAUAGACGGAUGAUGUAUCUAUAUGUAGAGGCAUGCACGUACUAGUAUACUACCCUUAACUAUGCAAUCAAGCAUUAUCACAACUUGAGGACAACUUGAACGUCUUUUCUAGGUGGGAAUGGGGGUAAACCUACAAGCAGUGAAUCAGUGACAAUACAUGUAUGUGUUCUCCAAUAAUCAGAAAAGGUUUGUGUCUCGUCUGUCAGGAUGGGCCUGCUGGACGGAUGGCCGCCAUUUUACCCCGAGUUCAGGACAGGGACCCUGCUCGCCAGCGAGAUCCUCCCUUACGUCAUCGUGGUCCUGGUGGUGGGGCUCGCUUUUCUGGCCGUGGCGCCUGGAAUUCGCGGGAAAACUGAGAGACUGAGGUACUGCCUCCAAGUGAUAUUUGCUGUCCUUGUUGGCGGGAUAAUCAUCACUUGCACAUACGGACAGCACUGGGACAUGGCAUCGGUCAGUACCGUGACGGCGUACAAGGCACGUAGUGCCGCCCACAUCCUCGCAGAGAUCUCUGUCCAGAUCGGGCUGAAGUCGUUCAACGUCACCAUGACAGGUGUGCCAGGUAACCAAUCGAGUGAAAGACUCCAGUACAGUGAGAGGUACACCCUGGACCUGCGGGAGUUCUCCCACGACCUGCACACGUCCCACAUGGCAGGGGUGCCCUACCCGGUCAUCAAGGUGGCGGAGGACAUGGCCCUCACCAAGCUGGCGGAGUACAGCGCCACCGGACACUACACCAUGAUGCUAAUGUGGUUGUCCUUCUCCAUGUGGGUGCUGACGGGGCUGCUGUUUUCCCUGGUGCGGAGGUACGGUGCGUACUGUCUGCUCCUCACCGGCCUCACGCUCCUGCUGGCGGUCGUGCCCGUAGCGACCACUCGACUCGGGCCGGCACAUGUCAUCCAUUUCCCGAACGCCACCUUGCGGUUCUCGCUGGAAUGGUGCUUCUGGACAGCUCUAGUCACUGGCUGCGUGUGCACGUCUUCUGGUCUGGUCUUCUCGAUCGUGGAGCUGAGCAAACACUCGCGAGAUUUGGAAUCCUCGCCGAACCAGGAGGAGGUGAAGGUCGACUGCGGGUCAUCUGGGGUCACAAACCUUGCCUUUGAGACAGACGAUCUGUCGACGGGAGACAUGACCACUUCCAAAAUCAAGGCAGGACUGGAUUCGGUCGAAGAGAAACCGCAACACUGCACCGUGGACAAGAGGCCGUCACAGACGUUUAUGGCGGGGAGUGACGUCUGCGGCCAGAUUGAAGAGGAAGACACCGAGAAGGAUGAUGAUGAAGAUACCCAACUGUAAAAACACUUCACUUCCAUCCUGAGUUAGCAGACAUCCACAAGCAGUUUCCAUCCCCAUGCAUGAGAUACUUGAAAUCAAAUGUCGAGCUUAAGUGGGACUUCAAAUUCAAAAGCAGUGCAGAAUGUUUUGCAGAUUUAUCAAGUGUCUCUCUGCAUAUUCUACCUGUGUGAGUUCCAGGGGCAAAGUACCGUAAGCGACUUCAAAAUCACACCAAAAGGCAGUUCUUGUUGACAGUUACAUGUACAUAAUGCUUCUUAGGCUAUAAAAUACUGUUGCUGACUGUGGUGGGUUUGGAGUUGGUUAAACCCUCAAUGAAAUGUCUAGCAAAAAUGGACUUUGUGUCACAACCUAGUGCGUAACGUUAAACAAGAAACGUUUAACAUGGAAACAAACACUGUCCCCAUUAUGUAUUUGUACAUUAACAGUGUAAUAAGCCCUUUUUACUGCUUUGCUACCUUAUACAAUUUGGACGGUUUAAAAAAAAAGACUUUAAGAGCUGUGAUUUUCAGAGCUGUGUGUUUCUAUGUAUGAAAUGUCUUCCAAUAAAACUGUUCCAAAUGUGCUUGUAAUUCCUACAGGGUCUUUACAAUAACAUUUACCCUUUUUUCUUGUCACCAUCCCACACAAUUUGAACACAAUACAACAUGGGUCAUUAAAAAAGGAAAUGUAAAUUUUUAUUGACUUUUACAAGGGGUCAGUUAUAGACAAAAUCAUGCACCCGGAUUUGCCAUGUACGCAGUAGUUACAACAGACAUGUUGCUUUGAACAGUACACAUGGUACAAUGGAGUGGCCCUGUAUCAAAAAUAACGGGACAUGUAAGACCUCCCUUCACAACACCAGACCUGACUGGGGAAUCAAAAUGUGUAAGUCAGGAGCUUCUCACUAAAUUUGGGCUAUUCCAUUGGCAACUGCAUGGGGUGGUGGUAAGAUUGAUGAUCCCUUCUUCUCUCCUUUUCACAUUAAUCCUGUCCAAUACAUUCUUCAAUGAAACAUUUCUUCCAUUUCAGAGAUAAAUCACACACAUAUUCCUUUAAAUUUUCAUAAAAUCAUGAUAAUUCUUUUCAUUGACUGUACACCUCAGUACAGCAAUGAAAGUUUCAGUUGUCUUCACACCCCUUUUGUUGAAUGGGAUAGCCCUUGGAAUGACAAGCAGCACACUACAGCAAGCUCACUAGUAAAUAUUGUAGACAAGCUCCAAGACAUUUCUUACAUCUCACAGAUGGCAUCAAACCUGAUUGGCUUCAAGUGGUAAUUGAAUUCCCCAAUUCCUGUAUGUUUACAAAAAAACUGUGUAGAAAAGAAAGACUAUAAUUUCUUUGUACUAAUAUCAUUUCAUACCUUUUUGUGAUAAAUAUUCAUUUUUUGAUACACAUAUCAAACAUAUAAUUUUCAAAUCUUUAAAAACUUUUCAUACAAUUUCCAAAAAAUAAGAUGUAACCUUUAGUCCUCUAUAUAUUGCCCACACCAAUAGUUAAGAGAAUAGAGAAAUAAAUAAAAUGCAUUUUUCUUUUUCUAGAAUGGUGGUGCUGUUGUUGUCAUUGUAAGAAUUUGAAAUGGCAAUAUAGCCAUGAAUACAGCCUUUCAGUUGACUGCCAAUCUGGUUUGGUCACCACUGCUGAGCAUCAAAGACAGGGCAGGCCACUGAUACAAAGUGGUCACAACUCAGCACAACAGAAUAGAGGUACACAUACACUGUCUACUCUGGACAAUGACAUUGAAAACAACAAACUGUUCAAGCUUCACCAGGGGUAAACUGCAUGUGUAUCAGUUGUAAGCCCUAUUUUGUUUUUGGAGGUGUUGAAAUGAGCAAAGUUAUUGCAGUCAUAGUUAUGCAACACAACCUAUCAUUUCUAUACUGUAACCCCAAAGCAACAUUUCAUAGAAAUUGUAGAUGUCUAGAACUGGGAAAGGAAGUGUUGUAUUGACUGUAGAGUAAAAGAGUGACAUAUUUCUUGACUGUCAACACUAUAGAAGACUGCUGUCCAACCUUGGUACUGGUCACCACUGUUGGGACAACUGUGAUAUAAACAUUUUAGGUAACCUUUGCAGGUAGUUUGCUGCCUUGUUAAUUUUUGUCAUGGAUCCUAGUUUGUGAUAGUGUUUUCAAUGUAACUUUUCUAACCUAGUAUCUUGUAAAUUACAGAAAAUAUUUCCAGAGGUUGAGAUGGAAAAACCACUUCUUCCUUCACCACUGGCUUGUGUUUACAAUGCAGAAUUUUUCUCAACAUGUGAGACAGAAACUUUGAUUGCACUUGGUCUUGCAGGGGUCUUAAAAGGAAUUUGCAUCCAAGAAAAUUUAUCACUACAAUUUGCAUCAUGCAAUAUGAUUGGAGACAAAUAAUGUGACAAUUGACUAGCACUAUACUGCGACAUUAUCCUGCCUUGCCAUUUUCUUUUGUUGUGUGUACUUGAAAUCAAAACUCAACAGUGGAUUAGAAGGUUUAACAGGAAUGGGCUCAAACACAACAUGUUCAACACACAUCCUUGGAAGACGUAGCCCUUUUUUGCUCUAAAAAGUAUGGGAUCAGUCAGCAAGGGUGACAACAGCCUUCCAAGGUCUGGACAAGUGUGACAAGGGUACAACACAAGAAGCAUUGUACUACUAAUAGACAUGUACGUAACACAAGUAGCUGUCCAGUCUGCAACUGACAGCAUACACUAGACAUGUCAGCGGGUGGGUAUGUCUACCGUCUUCUACAAACAGCUCAUGUCAGCCGACACACUACAAAUUUUUUUUUUCUGUGUUAGAUUUUUUUUAAAUUGUUAUUGUCUCAUAGAUUUUCUUUCCACAAAGGAACAUAUACAGCAUUUUUUUGUUAAUAGCUGCGAGGGAAGCAGAUAUGAGGGUAGAAAGCACUAUAAUACAAUCUGAUAGACCAGCCAUGAACCUCACAGCUGAUAAAACAAUUAAGAGAUUUUUUUUCUUGGAUAUACAGCUACACUGCAAAUCAUAGGCAUCAACAUACAUUCCUUCACAAGGAAAUUGCUUUUUUUACCGUCUACUACAUAUUUACCGACAAAAACAAGUGUACAUGUUAACCAAAGCCAGCUAUAUUACAUGGCUAGCAUCACGAGCUGUUGACAGAGCACCAAGCACUAUUAGUACAAUACAAAAAAAUAUACGUUAAGAGAAUCCACUAGAUAAGGUUUUGGUACAUCUCCAUCUAGCAUUGUAAAAACUAUGACAGCUAAUAUUUUCCUUGUUGGCGUUCUGUGCAGCUGACGUUACUGUUGUUUUUGUCCUGAGCUGCCAAGUGUGAGUAGUACAAACUUCCUCCAAAAUCAGCUAAAAAUGACAAAGGAGAACCAAUUGUUCGUCAACAGUCUCCUUUUACCUGCCUUCUGCACUCAGUGCCUGUUGUGGCCAGGACGGACAUCCAAAAUAUCCUCACAUAUCAAAAAUAUACAACUUUGAACAAUGACGUCUCCGGAAAUCUCUCAAGAUGCUUCCAAACCAAUUUAACACAAGAAGAACCCAAGCCUUCAGUUAAGAAAAUUUCUGACCAAACUUUCACCUUUGGUACAUUUACAGAAGUCAAUGAAGAUUUUUUUUCAAGUUGAAAGAACCAUGAAGCUUUGAAUUAAAAAAA